GGACCAUUGGACAGAAUGAAGACUUUAAGCUGUUUACUCGUGUUAUUGAUUGUGUUGAAAGUUGAUCGGACCGGUGGUGACUGCAUUCUUUCAUUGAAAAGCGACUUCGGUUCCCCAUCGCCCGUGUAUUUAUUGGGGGGAGAAUACCUCACCCCCAACACUGCGAGCGGCGCUAUUUCAUUGCGUCGCGGCGCUGUCCUGACGGUCGCAUGUCCGCAGCGGACGGUCACCAUCGCUGGGCAGGCUACUAGAAAAGAAGCAGUGGACGCGAAAUGCGUGUCAACGUCCACCUUCUCCGUGGGACGCUGGACCGGGGAACUGAACCAGCUGAACUGCAGCUCAGCACCAGUCUUCACCGUCAAGGAGACCAGCAAGGCAUGCUACCGAGGCGGUCAGACGGUCAAGGUGGGCUACAUAAUCCGCGACAAACUUCACGAGCUGUACUCGGCAUGCUUCGACCGCGGCACGCUUAACACACUGUUCGUGAAGCACGAGUUGACGCCGAGCAGCGUCAACAUACAGUCCGGCCACAACCGCCCGCAGUUUACAGGUGGCGACCUCUUUCCAGGCAAAGUCCACAUCGAGAAGCUCUACAAGACGCAGUAUGAAAAGGACAGGUUCAACCAGUUACUUGGACCUAACAUGGCUGACAAGUAUUUUAGCAAGAACCAGUUCCUGACGCGUGGGCACUUGGCCCCUAGAGCGGAUUUCUCCCUCGCAGCACUGCAGCGAGCUACCUUCCACUUCGUCAAUGUAGCGCCGCAGUGGAUGAAGGGCAACCGGGGUGAUUGGGGCGCUCUCGAAGAGGCCCUCCGCCGGAGAGUGAAGACUACCAACUCCUCAGUAACAGUCUACACGGGGACCCACGGGGUGCUAGCGCUACCCGGGACCCAGGGAGAGAAGGAACUCUACCUAUACUCAGAUGAGAACAACAAUAUGGCUGUGCCUGUGCCGCUAUACUUUUAUAAGCUAGUCCACGACCCAUCCCGCCGCGCAGCCACAGCCUUCAUCACAAUCAAUUCGUCCUUCUUCAACGCGUCGGCGGAGAACGCGUUGACGUUCUGCGAUGACGCGUGCGCAUCCUGGCUGACGUGGCGCGACGACGCGACGCACAGCUUCUGUUGCAACUAUGACGCGUUCAGCCGUGUUAUAGACCAUGUGCCUCAGCUGGAGGUCUAUGAACUCUAUUAGAAUUUCUGAGUCCCGGCAAGCUCGG